AUGGCCAAUCCUAACGCUAUCAUCCCAUUGUUGUUCAUUGUCAUAUGGACAACCCAUUUCCAAGCAAUAAUUGUUCACGGAAAACGCCACUGUUUUUUCACUCGCAAAUUCACAGUCCAUGUCACCAAUAAGCUUCCUCCGAAAUCGGAUCCUCUGAAGUUGCAUUGCGGAUCGAAAGACGACGACUUAGGUUUUCACACACUUUCUCCAAAUCAAAGCUUUAGUUGGGGCUUCUGUGAGAAUUUUGUCCCCAACACUUUGUUCUUCUGUCAUAUUUGGUGGGGCUACAAUAAAGACAUCGGUUUCGAAAGUUUUAACUUUGAAUUUCACGACGGCUGUAUACCUGAUGGCUCCCAAUGCUUCUGGGAACCCGUUAGGUCGUCCACGAGACCUGAAGACAACCCGAGCGGUUCAAGUAAAGCCAAUUGGUCGAUCCAUGGUCGAAGAACAAGAGACUUCAGGUCGCUGGGGUCACAGUCGGUUAUGAACUUUAUAAGGUUCUGA